AUGCCGAACUGCAAAGAGCGGGGCAGGUCUGGCGUGACUUCAGGUAACGACCACUUUAGUCGAUAUGCCCAAGCCUAUCAAACCAUGUCACGAAAUCACGUUGACAUACUAUCUAAAAUGAAACAUUUCUUUUCACAUCAUGGAUUUCCAAAAUCACUUCAUGCCGAUUAUGGAGAAUUACGUUCAGAAGUUAUUAAAGAUUAUUGUAAAGCUCAUGAAAUACAUUUGCACUUAGGAAGCACCAGCAAUCCUAGUUCUAUUGCACCAAUUGAACGAUUACAUGGUACCAUUGGAGAAAAAUUUCGAAUCCUAAGACAGACUCGAAAAACAGACACUACUACUGACCUAAUGACUGACGUUAUAUUAAAUUACAAUCAAUCUGUUCAUUCUACUACAAAACAUACACCUUUUGAUUUAUUAUACGGUAGUACUGAAGACCCUUAUUCAUCACAUCUUAAACAAAUAUUAGAAAAAGACAAAAUUAAUGAACAAAUCGCUCACGAUUCUUAUAAUCAAUUAAAAAAACAAACUAACAAAAUUAACGAAAAACGCGUAUCUAAGAUCCCCGUUUUAAAAUCUCCGAUCUAUAUCAAAAUCCCAAUCAGACAAACUAAGGACAAACCAAAAUAUCAAAAACACACUAUUUUCAAACAACAAGGAAAUCAAAUUUUAAUCAAAGAUAGAAAACACAUGCUGAGACGAAUCAAGCCUCAACGUAAAAAUCCUUUACAGAGCUCUACCAGUUUAAUGGCUACCAAUUCGAGCGCUACCGAUGAACCCUCUGCUCAAAGCACCUCCGAACAUGAAGGGCACAAAGAAAAUGAAAAGGGGAAUGAGCUGUCCCGACAGGAAGCGGUCAAUCCCCUUAUAGGUCCAGACCCUUUAUGUGGCGUGACAAGAACACGCACUAAACAGUCCAUAAGAAAUUGGACCAAAAGAAGGUCCCUAGAAUGGUGGAAGAGCCAAUUAGGGCUAAGGCAGGUAAACUUUUCGUACAAAGCUUAUCUUGAAAAGCGCAAAAACUCAGUAAUGAAUCAAGUUAGAGAGAAGGUAAAACAACAGCAAGAAAUAUUGGAACUUAUGGACUAG